AUGCUUUAAAAUACCGCCAUACGAAACGUACGCUGAAACAGGGCGACUGGCCACUCCAUCAACUGUGAAGCGGGCGACCGCAGCUACCUCUACAGCCACCCUUGAACCCUACCUGCGAAGCCAUCCCGACGUUCUACAUCAAACCCCCCAAAAUGAGCCUCACUCACUUCCGACCCUCGCCCCUCCUCCGUCCGAGCCUCGUACUAUCUCAGCCACUAAUCCCCCGCACAUCCCAAAGCACCUACGCCACACACAGCGACCUCGGCCGAGGCUCCGCAUCCGCACCGCGACGAAGAAACGUCACCGUACUAUCAGAUGACGGCCGGUAUACAUGGAGCGAGCUGAGCGGUCGCGAGAAGGUUGCGCGAGCAACACAGCAGUCGAUCAACUUCGUGGUGGUGUUAGCCGGUGCUGCUCUUACGGUAAACACGAUCGCGAGUCGCAAAACAUGGCAAUUUGAGAAGGCUGUAGAGCGAAUCAAGAAUGAUGCGCGGUUUGCGAAUCUAAUUGCCGGCAGCACAACUAUCGAGAAAGAUCACCAAGGUCGCGAGCACAUGAGAAUGAACUUUCAUGUUUCGGGACCACGAAACUCGGGGACUGUUUUCGUACAUAUGGUGAAACCGACCGAUGCGAAUGAGUGGGAGUAUCGGCUUCUUGCAUUGGAAGUCAAAGGCUAUUCCCGCGUCGUCCUUGAAGAGCGCCAUGACCCUAAAGUCGGCGGCGAGGUGAAGAUAUUCGGCAUCCGGUGGCGGUAGGCAUCUGGCGUUAUCAUCAGGGCAUUAUGCCCCUUGUAUUAUAUGGCUGGUUUGGGACUUCGUUUCAUUCUUACUUAUGGGUCUAAGAUGAUAUCCCAAUGAAACAAUUUCCUAUAAAGUUGUACGAAGAACCAGCCUUAACUCGCCAAAAUAUCAGAUUAUUCCAAC